UUACAGUUCUUUGAGGUUCCAUUUGACUCAAAUAUGAACAGGACAAAAAACAGACCACUGGUGCGAGGACAGAUCAGCCCCCUGCUCGCCGUCUGUUUUGCCGCCUCCUGCGGAGUCCCGGGAAUCGCCCUGCUGACGCUGGGAGUAAACCCUCUCACCGGGGCCCUGGGAGCCUUCAACAUUUUCUUGUACACGUGUUGUUACACACCCAUGAAGAGAAUGAGCAUUGCCAACACGUGGGUGGGAGCUGUCGUCGGUGCCAUUCCCCCCGUCAUGGGCUGGACUGCGGCCACUGGUAGUCUCGAUGCUGGUGCAUUACUGUUAGGAGGAAUCCUCUAUUCCUGGCAGUUCCCUCACUUCAACGCCCUGAGCUGGGGUCUGCGGGAAGAUUACUCCCGAGGAGGGUACUGUAUGAUGUCCGUCACCCACCCGGGGCUGUGCAGGCGGGUGGCUCUGCGUCACUGCUUGGCCUUAAUUGGACUCUCAGCGGUGGCUCCUGUUCUCGACAUCACCACGUGGACUUUCCCCGUCAUUUCGCUCCCUAUCAACCUCUACAUCUCCUACCUCGGCUUUCGGUUCUACAGGGAUGCAGACCGCAGCAGCUCCAGGAAGCUCUUCUUCUGCAGCCUGUGGCAUUUGCCAAUGCUGCUGCUUGUCAUGUUCACGUGCAAGAAAUCGCUCCUAGAGAAGGAAGACAAAGGCGAGCUGCUCAGUGGAAAUCAUGGGAGGGCUAUGGAAAUUAGAUUGCCUUAAAUGUCAGUUACUUGUUGCCCUCAUGACACAUCAGGUAGUAUGUUUUAGUAAUUGCAAGGGGGAAGCCUGUGGGGGUCUGUUUGAAGAAGAAUCAUUUGUGCCUAGCGACCACUUCAUGCGAUAACUUUCUGUUUUCUUCUGAAAGGGAAUAGACACGAGACCUUAAACCAUUCGUGGGCCUCAGGCCCGUGCACUCAUCACGGAUUACAGUUUAGCCUGUGUCAGAAGCACGUCGCUUUGGGAUGGCCUUCCAAAGUCUCCGUGAGUCGUGGUCUCUCAUCU